AUGUCCGAGGCUAAUUGUGCACAUUUAACGCAGUCCCAAUGGCGGCUGUGCUGCUCUGUGAAGCCAGCAAGUCAAAGCUCACGCGUCAGCAACUGCCCGGCCACGCACACACAUUCAAGCAAGCACCCUGAAAGCUCACCCGCAUGCACACACAUGGCCCAACAGCGCUGGACACCCAACGGCACUCAUCAGCCAACGGACUUGAAGAACCACCCGCAACCACUCACCGCCGGCCGACAGGCUUCAGGGGGGCCUACCGACCGACAGACAGCAGCGGACGCACCCCAACACGCCCAUCAACCGGACGAGCCCGCCGAGCGCCAGCUUGUCGUGUCACUCACCGCAGGGGUACACCCCUCCAAAGGGAACGGUGAAAGUGCGUAG